UGGCUGAAGUCAUCUGAACCAUGUGCACCGUACGUCAGUACGCUACACCAGCGCUGCGCGAUGGGUGGAAUUAAGGAGCUAGCGAUUCUUAUUCUAUCUUUUUUGUAUGUGAUAUUUGUGAAUGGCACUGAUGACAUUUUGGUUGGCUGCGGGGGUUUUGUCAAGUCAGAUGUGGAAAUUAAUUACUCUGUCAUUGAGAUCAAGCUGUACACUAAGCAAGGCUCUCUGAAAUAUCAGACUGACUGUGCACCUAUCAAUGGUUACUUCAUGAUCCCUCUCUAUGACAAGGGUGAUUUUGUUAUAAAGAUAGAACCACCAUCAGGAUGGAGCUUUGAACCAGAAACUGUGGACCUACAUGUGGAUGGAAUUACAGACAUCUGCACUAAAGAACAAGACAUCAACUUUGUUUUUACUGGGUUUUCAGUCCUGGGAACUGUCUUGAGUAAAGGCCAUUUAUUGGGGCCUGCAGGGGUUGAAGUAAGUUUGAGAAAAGCAGGAGAAGAUGAUGUCCUUCAGAGUGUCCUCACACAAGCUGGAGGCCAGUAUACUUUCCUCAAAUUGCUUCCAGGAAGUUAUGACAUCACUGCCUCCCAUGCAUCAUGGACCAUGGAGCAGAGCUCAACCACUGUGGUUGUGACAAAUGAAAAUGCCCCCGCCGCAGCUCCUCUUGUGGUAAAGGGCUAUGAUGUCUCUGGAGAGGUUCAGAGUGAUAGUGAACCCAUGAAAGGCGUCAGCUUCCUCCUUUACUCUGCCAGUGUAACACAGGAGGAUAUCAGUGGCUGCAGUGUGGCUCCUGUGGAUGGGGCUUUAAUCGGCGACCCCUCCCUUGUGUAUUUGUGCAGUUCCCAGUCUCUUGAGGAUGGCACUUUCUCGUUCCCCUGCCUUCGCAGUGGUGAAUACACUGUGGUCCCAUAUUACAGAGGAGAGAGAAUCACUUUUGACGUUGCUCCUUCUCGUAUGGAUUUCAAAGUAGAACACAGCAGUUUAAUGUUGGAGCCAAUAUUCCGGGUCAUGGGAUUCUCAGUGAUGGGCAGAGUUCUGAAUAGCCCCAAUGGAGAGGGUGUUGCAGAUGCUGUAGUAACACUUAACAACCAAAUUAAAGUGGAGACUAAAGAAGAUGGUUCAUUUCGUUUGGAGAAUAUGACCACAGGCACUUACACCAUCAACACACGCAAGGAGCUGAUGUUCUUUGAGCCAGUCACUGUGAAGAUUGCUCCCAGCACCCCUCAGCUGCCAGACAUCAUUACUGCAGGGUUUAGCGUGUGUGGUCACAUCUCAGUCACCCGUCUUCCUGAGACAGUAAAACAGCUCGGGCACUACAAAGUUACGCUCUCGGCUCAGGGACAGGAUCAGGGCUUUUUCCGCACUGUCGAAAGUGACAGUCAUGGAGCGUUCUGCUUUCAAGUUAAACCAGGAGACUACAGUGUACAGGUGACCCUCCCUGAAAGUGAUGUGAAGGCGGGGCUUACUCUUCAGCCAUACUCUCUCGAUAUCUCACUUGUGGAUCGUCCUAUCACUGACCUUCUCUUCACUCAGUUCAUAGCAUCUGUUUCUGGCUCCGUGUCCUGUCUUGUGGCAUGUGGAGAUCUGACAGUCACUCUUCAGCCUGUAAGCAGACAGGGAGAGAGGCAGAACCUCCAGUUGUCUGGUAGCAGUGAAACUCUAAGCUUUACUUUCAGUAAUGUCUUACCCGGAAAGUACAAAGUGUCUAUCACCCAAGAAGAGUGGUGCUGGAAGCAGAAGUUAGUGGAGAUCGAUGUACUUGACUCAUACGUGGAGGGAGUGGAGUUCAGACAAACCGGAUAUUUGCUGCGCUGCUCACUGUCCCAUGCCAUUACUCUGGAAUUUUUCCAAGAUGGCAGCUCACCAGAGAACGUUGGCAUUUACAAUCUGUCCAAAGGAGUCAAUCGCUUCUGUCUGUCCAAGCCGGGUCUUUAUAAAGUGACUCCACGUUCCUGUCACCAGUUUGAACAAGAUUACUACACCUACAACACGUCGGCCCCAAGCAUUUUAACCCUGACUGCUGUUAGACACCAUAUGACGGGACUCAUUACCACUGAUAAGAUGCUGGAUGUCACUGUCACCAUCAAAUCUUCCAUUGAGAGUGAGCCUGCUUUGGUUCUGGGGCCCCUGCGCUCAAAUGAGGAGCAGCGAUGGGAGCAGCAGCUUCUGGAAAUAGCUGCCCGUAAGAAGGAGAGGGAAGAAAGAGGAGCCGAGAACAGCCCCCCUGUGGAAGAGAAACCAGAUGAACUCCAUGAGCCUUUCCACUAUGAAUUCUCCUACUGGGCACGGGCUGGGGAGAAGAUCACAGUCACACCUUCAUCCAAAGAAUUUCUGUUUUACCCUCCUGAAGUAGAGGCUACAAUCACUGGAGAGAACUGCCCAGGACAAAUGGUGGAGAUCGCGGGCCGGGCAGGGCUGUUCCUCACAGGGCAGGUGUCACCUACCCUGGAGGGUGUGGAAAUCUCCAUUAAGGAGAGAGGAGCUACAACCCCUCUCAUUACAGUUCUCACGGAUGAAACCGGAACCUACAGUGUUGGACCCCUACAUAGUGACUCUCUGUAUGACAUCAGUGCCAGUAAAGAGGGCUUUGUCCUGACUCCAGUGGAGGGAAACACAGGAGACUUCAAGGCAUUUGCCCUGGCAGGCGUCACUUUUGAGAUAAAGGCAGAGGAUGGUGUUUCUCUCUCUGGGGUUCUGCUGUCUCUCAGUGGGGCCAACUUCCGCUCAAACAUGCUCUCUCAGGACACUGGCCUCCUCACCUUCAACAACCUGAGUCCUGGCCAGUACUAUUUCAAGCCCAUGAUGAAGGAGUUCCGCUUUGAGCCCUCAGCACAAAUGAUCACAGUAGAAGAAGGACAGGUUCUCCAUAUUCCUAUAACUGGCUUCAAAACAGCUUACAGCUGCUAUGGAACAGUGCAGUCAAUAGGAGGCGACGCGGAGCAGGGUGUCGCUGUGGAGGCAUUGGGGCAGGGAGAGUGCGGCGUGUACAGUGAGGACACGGUUACUGACGAAGAGGGCCGCUUUAGACUCCGAGGCUUGCGGCCGGGGUGUAACUACAACAUUCAGCUGAGAGGAGAGGGAAAUGAUCACAUUGAGAGAGCAUUACCGCCACACAAAACCAUCAAGGUGGGCGACACUGAUAUUGAAGGAAUAAACAUAAUCGCCUUCAGACAGAUCAAUCAGUUUGAUCUGAGUGGCAAUGUCAUCACUUCCUCUGAGCAUCUUCCCACUCUCUGGGUGAAGCUCUGCAAAAGUGACAACCUUGACAAUCCCAUUCAGAGUGUGUCUCUUGGCCAGUCCAUGUUCUUCCACUUUGCCCCCCUGCCACGUGAUGGAGAGAGCUAUGUGUUGAUUCUGCACACAUCACUUUCUCAAUCCCAGUAUGACUUCAAACUCCCACAAGUCUCGUUCACGUCUUCUGGUUACCACAAACAUGUAACACUAACCUUUAACCCUAACAGGAAAAUACCAGAUCAAGAUGUUGCCCAGGGAUCUUUCAUCGCCCUUCCUCUGACAUUACUGCUGUUGCUUGCUGUCUAUAAUCAUGAGCGGGUGAUCCCUCUUCUUCUGCAGCUGGUCAGUCAGAUCCAGGGUGUUCGAGGACUCGCUCAGACAAGCGGGGAUGGACUCCCUGUGGAUGAAGCCAAGCGCCAAUCAAAAAGGCCCAAGACAAGACGUACAUGAGACCUCAGUAUGUCCUAAUAUGAAGGCCAAGCCAGUCACUGCAUUCAGAUCUCACAAGCGUCCAGUGUCAGACAAGCACUUAAGACCAUGUUGGUCUGAUCAUAAAAUCUCCUAUCAUAAAAACAACCUCGCCUGGGGUCGGCAAAGUUUUUUGGACAUAUUUAUUCUUGCUCCUCUUAGAUGACCGAAGGUUCAUUUACUGUGGUGUACUGGACACCCAGAUCCUUAUAAUUUACAGUCCUUAGCAUGUCAUUGUGGCCCGGAGAUUGUGUUUAUUUAUGUCUGUGAGAGACUGCUCAGGGAGGAUGGCUGAUUACUUUAAAUGUGUGUGCUUUUUUUCUCUCUCUCUCUCUCUCUCUCUCUCUCUCUCUCUCUCCAGUAGUGUAAAGAGUAAUAUGAUUCCAAUAGUACCCUGAAUGACUAGAUUUUAUUAAAUCCCUACUCCAAUUAAAAAAAAAAAAAAGUUAUAAUCAAUUCAGUUUUUUAAAACUAAUUGAAUUUGUAGAAUUAUGUUGUAAUUUGCGAACUUAAACACCCUUACAUUUUAAAAUAUAGAGAUUAAUAAACAUUGACUCACUAAAUUCAUUCUGUAUGAUUUUAGUUUCCCUCAUUUGUUUAAAUGCCACAAAACAGAACUAAAAUUAAAUUCCUUAAAAGUAACUAACUUGCUGCUACCAUUUGAUGGGUUCAAUACAUAUUCAUUCCACUGCAUUAAUUUGAUAAUGUGAAUGGUUAUAGAGAGAACAAAUAUAAUAAAGUGUUUUUGAAAUUA